ACUGCGCAUGCGCCGCGGAAAAGGGCAGCGCUCAGAAAAUAGCAUUUUUAUAAUAAUAAUUACGUAUUGCCAUAAUUUGCUAAUGUUGCCGUUUCCGUCAAAAGACCUUGGGCAUACACCGAUACAUUUUUUUAACAAGGCGAAUACCUGCAUAAACCAGUAAAAUUACUUAAGCCUCCAUUGACUCGCCAUAGAAAAAAUUCUGCCAAGCUCUCUGUAUAUACCACAAUGCUUUGCGCGCAGUGAGAAGGAACUAAAAACUACUAAAGCCGGAGUUGAGUAUAUAGAAUAUCUUUGGUAAAAGUUUUGCGCUUUUGUUGUUAUCUGCCUGUGAGGUGGGGCUGCCUGACAGGCGCUUUUUGGUUGCAAACUUAUGCCUCUUGCCAUCGAUUAAUCUUCUCACGUGAGUCCUACCUGCCAGUUUCCGAUUCCGUAUCGACAACAGAAAGCAUCUACUACCAGCAUAUGGCAUGUAUGCUUCUCUGAUAAAAUUAGUCUGUGUCGAUGUUACUGUUAGUUGUUAAGUUAACCGAGUCUCAUCAAAAUCAAAAUACAGGACAGGUUGCAGUGCUGCAGAUAAUCAGAUUUAAAAACGUCAGUACAAAUCGCUCUUGUUUACAACAAGAAGUAGAAAUGUCACAAACAAGUUGUGUUUUACGUCCAUACCGGUAUUUUUGUACUGCAGGAAAAGGCAUGGAACAAUUUCUUGUUCAAGAAGUCAUUUCCAAACUGGCAGCUUUUGAUGUGGAACAUGUACAAGGCAAAGUCUUCUUCACAACCAGUGCAAAUGUGAAAAAGUUGCAAGGACUGAAAUCAGCUGAAAGGUUAUUUCUACUGUUGAAGAAAGAGCCUCCCAUGAAUGUGCCAUGGAAUACAGGAAAGGCUAAACACGUAAUUCAGAAGAAAAUAAUUGGAGAUGACAGAGUAUGGAUGGAUACGCUUUCUACUUGGCAGAUACUUCAGAGAGAUUUAAAUGACAAUUCUUCAUACAAAAGCAAGACCAAAAACAGCCAGAAGAGAAAAUGGGAAGAGGAGGACAAGAAAGAGCAUAAUAAGAAAAUGAACCUGGAGGGAGGAUUAGUGGGAAGUCCAUCACAAGUUGAUCUUGAAAGAAUCCCAGAUCAUCAGGAGAGCAUUGAAUUGGAUUCAGGAAUCUGUGGGGACGAUGGGAAGAGUUCUCUGUGUGAAAAGGUCUCUCAGGAAGAUGUUUCAUUGAACCACAAAGAACCAUCAGCAUUGUUCAGAGUUUCUUGCCGCUGUAGUGGCAGUGUUGCUAAGAGAUUUAACGCACAGGAGCUUGGACAAAUUAUUGGAACUGCUAUAACUGAACAACUUGGAUGGAAAGCAGAGCUGAGAGACCCAGAUGUCGAGGUUAAUGUACACCUAAGUGACGAGAACUGUGUUUUGGGGAUCCCAGUUUUCAGGCUUCCUUUAGCUCAUAGGACAUAUAUUAAAACUACAGGACUUAGAUCAACUAUUGCGUGGGCUAUGGUGUCUCUGGCUGAUAUCAAGGCUGGCACGACCUUGUUGGACCCAAUGUGUGGGGUUGGCACCAUUCUUUUAGAAGCAGCUGAAGAUUGGCAGGGUGCGUUUUUUCUGGGGUUUGACAUUAAUGAAUCACAACUGAAAAAAGCAUACAAUAAUGUGCAGUUUGCAAAUCUGACUGAGAAAAUUGACCUAAUCAGAGCAUCAGUGAUGGAUAUACCGCUCCCUUCAGCUAGUGUCGAUGCAAUAGUUUGCGACAUUCCAUUUGGGAGAAAAUUCAACAGUGAAACCGAUAUGAGAACAAUGCUGCCAGAUAUUCUAAAAGAAAUGGAAAGGGUGCUUUGUGUUGGCGGGAACCUCGUGCUGCUGCUAAGUCCUCAGCUCUCCGUGCACUUGAAGAAGUAUUUCAAUAAAGAAUGUAAGGCAGCCAAUAAUGCUAUUUCAUCUUCUGAGCACGCGGAAGACGCAGGGACUUCUUCUCAAAAUACGAAUGUGAAGAUGGUUCCAUUCACUAGAGAAGCCACACUAAAGGAAAAUUCUUUGUCCAAGCAAUUUGCUUCUUUAAUACCAAAUGGCACAUACAGAGUAAGCCUUGGGGCAACUGAUGCACUCAUACACAGGUACAAAAAGGUUUCUAUCUGAAUAUCUUUUUACAAACACUGUGCAUGUACACAAUUAGAUGUGGUUAGCUAUUCAAUUGUAACAUUAUUCUGCAAAUAAAUAUUUUUUACCAUUCUUUUUAA